AUGCACGCCACUAGCGCCCCAGUUAAGGGCGGCGGCAGAGAGCGUGAGACGCGCCACAGGCUUGGGCUGGCCAUUUCGGAGGCGUACACAGACGUUGGCAGUAGCGGCAACACUGGCGUCGCAGCGGUUGCUCAGUCAUCUAGAUUUCUUUCCCCCUCUGUCUCUCCGCUCUUUAGUCUAGCGCCGUCCACUGGGUGCGACACCUCUGUGAGUGACGUAGUGGACUCUUGCGUUUCUUCGUCAGGCGUUGCUGUUCAUGAGGUCGAACACGCCACCGUCGCAUCUCGGCGCCACAGUCACGGUGCUCAGGCGAUGUCAUCCAUCCCACCCCCGCUGCCAUCGCGGCCACAGGGUGUCCUGAAUUCGCUUCAGGGCAGUGCCGCGGGCGGUUUCAGCCCAAUCAACACGCGGGGACCACUGCGGUACCACAUAGCCUACAGCGGUUCGCCACCACAGCACCGGACAUCCGUGUUGGCGGCAGCUGCAACCCGGCCGAAGGCGGAUGCUGCGACAGCCGAAAAGGGUGCCGCGGCUUUCGAACGCACUGACGUUGGCCCGUCAGCCUUCUCGACUGGUGGGCGGCGCACCUCUUUGAAGUCCCCUCCUUUCGUCGCAGCCGCAGCGCCAUCGGGAGGCGCCACUGUCACCCGAUCAGUCCUCACCAGCGGGCACGCCAAUUCCCUAUUGCUGCAAGCAAGAGCCGCGUUGGCCAAGGCAUCUGUGGCCCGGGACUCCGUUAAGGUAGAUGCCCGCAGCGACGACUACAACGCAGUUCCCCUAGGUGAGGAUGCUCACGAUUCCCGCAGUGGCUUGCCGUCUUCACUCUCUCAGCGUGUCGAAGGUCACGAGGGCCAGGGCCGUUGCGAAGAGGUUGGUAAGGAGGAGCAUAAAAGCGACAGCGGUGCCGUCCCACGCGGCGAAUCACAGAGGACCAGGCAAGCAACAGACGUAUACGCCGAUCAGCCGAAGUUGUCGCACGUUCCAUCUCAGCUGAGAGUCGAAAAGUUGUUAGGGCUGGCAGCGGAGUCGGCUGCGACUCGGCGUCGCGUGGGCGUCUCUGCCAUUUCCUUUGAUCCCUCUUCCCGGAGAGCGCUUAUUCGAGACCGCGCCGCGGCUUCCAACCCGACUGCAAUAACGCCUGCCAUCGAGGUAUUUCACUCACGUGUGACGUCACCCUCUCGCCCCCACUUCAAUCUCCCGGUGAAUUGCACUGGGCACAUGGAGGCACCUCUGUGUACCGCGUCAGACUCCCUGAAGGGGAUUUCUGUACCCAUGCCAUCGGUGCGCUUCAUCUACACGCGAUCCUCCAGCAGCAGCAGCAAUGCUCGAGGCUCUAAGAAGCCUACGCCUCUUUCGAUACCGGCGGUGAAGGAUGCCCUCGGCGAUGACGUUCGUGCUACCGCCGCUGUGUCGACGGAGCCUGGGAUUACCACACUCAAGGUGGCGGACCUCGCUGAGGAGCGCGUUACGGCCACCACGACAGCUGCCUCAACCCAACUAUCACUUGCAACCCAGUUGCUCCUCAGCCGUAGCACGUUGUCGCGGCAACAUGUCGAAGGAAAGCUUCGGCGGCCCAGUGCGAGCAUCCCCGGUACACUUGAUGCCACCUGUGCCUAUGCGCGCACAAGGACGGCAGGGCCAGCCCCGCAGCUGUUCUCUGAAACACGCGAUAGACCGACGGACGAGAAGCCUGGUGAAGCCUGGAGAAGAGAUGUCGAGCACCCGGUGAAUGACGCGCUGCAGCAUACAGGCGCAAGGGACUUUGACGAAGCCUCGCAGUCGCGCCUGCAGCGGUGGCGCCAAGGUCAAGAGGGGAAUCGCUCAAAGGCGAAGUAUGUGGCCUCAAUCAACACCUCGGCCUCACCGACUGUCGAGGGUGACACAACUUCCAGAGAGAUGGUGAAAAAUAAUGCAGGUGUAUCACCAAAAGGAAAUGAGGUGAAGCCACUGCCAAGCGCACCAACGACGGUCGCGUCGGGGCAGCAGCAAGAGAGAGGGGAGCGAGGAUCAGCACGAGGGGCCAGCGCCGCCAAUGCUGACCUCGUAAUCGCACCAGAGCCACCGACAGAGGAGCCAGAAAGGCAGCGCAGGCGAUCCUUGCCAGUAGAUGCCGGAAAUACUGCUACUGCGCCUACUGCAAGCGAGUCCUUUCUCCUCAGUGAAGCAAUGCACAGCGACGCUGCACCGGACUCACCGGAGACUGAGCUGGCGUCUGUCGACUCCAGGCGAAGCUCAAAAGUGUCGAUGGCGCCGCGGCCGAAACUGCCAUCUACCGCGAAAAGUGGAAGUGUGGUUGAAUGA